AGGCUCCCUUCCCCUGUCCAUCAUGGCCUUCCGUUCCUGUGCUUUGGUGUCGCUCGUGGCAGCCCAGGUGUCCCACGGCAUGUGCCAAGCUCAUGUGGGCCGCGGCUCAAGCGAGUCGAGGUGUUUGUGUGCGAUGUUUUUCGGCUGCAGCAGAGGAGCUCUGCCGCGAGCUGCAGCUACUGGCGGCGCGCGGCAGUUUGAAGGCCGCCGAGAGGCGUCUCGCGCAGGCGCAGCAGGCGCAGCAGGCGCAGCAUGGCACGGCAGGUGCCCUGCUGGCUGCCAACGCCUUGCCGCCCGAGGCUCGUGGCCCGGUGUUCCGCUGCAUGGUGUGGGCCGCCAUCAAUGCAGAUGAUGCGGAUGCUGCCUCCAGGUGGCUGAAUGGCUUCUCACGAUUUCUUCCAGAUGCCUCCAGUUGCAUGACCACGUUGGAAGAGAGAGGUUCGACAGAGGGACCGGGACGGGGACCCGCUGGCGCGGAAGUUCUGGGGCGACUGCUGGGCAUGGUCUCGGAGGGUGGCGCCAAAGCAGCUGAGAGGUGGUUUGUUUCCUUGGAAUCUUCGGGUCCUCUGGCGGAGCACUUCCGGCAUCGGGUCAUGCUGGUGGCAGCUGACGUUGCGGCAGUGGAGAGGAGUUUGCCUUGGUUACCCCUGGUGGCUCCCUCCGAUGCCUCUGUGGCGCUGGAGCAGGCGCUCCGGCGCCUGGCACUCACCGGUGCCUCCCGGCGGGUGCAGCAGUGGCUCAGGCGGCUCCAAACCGCCGGGUUUACCGACUAUGCACCUGGAAUUCGCGAGUUGACUUGUGGCCUUUUUGCUGCAGCACUGGAGGGGGACAUCUCUUUGGCAGAGCAGUGGCAGAGACGUCUCGCAGCAGAUCUGGAGGAUGCUGAGGAGUUCGAAAGCCUCAACCUUCUCCUGAUGUCCUGUGGAAAGAAUGGAGUCGAGGACGGCGAGCGCGCUCGGCUUUGGUUUCAACGACUUCUUCAGACCGAUCAUCGACCCAACUUUUUGAGCUUUGUGCGUGUUAUGACCGCCUUCAAGGGAUGUGGUGCCAUCAGGGACGUGGAGAGCUACUUUCAAGCGAUGAUCCGUUGGCGGAUCGACGCCACCUGCAGUGAGUACACCAUCCUUCUACGCGCUUGUCGACUGGGGGCUGACUCCCAAAGGGCUUGGUCAUGGCUGUCACGCAUGGAGGAGGUGGACGUUGCGCCGGACGUGGCCGGUGUCAACGCCCUGCUGGGAGCGUUGGCACAGGAGGCGGCGCACAGAUCUGCCCUGGAAGUGCUGAAGGAAAUGACUUCGGGCUUGCGGAAUCUCGGUUGUAACCUGGAGUCCAGCAGUGAAAUGCCAAUGCCCUUCCCGGAUGCUUCCAGCUAUGCUCACGUUCUCCGUGCCUUCUGCGCUGCUGCAAAGAUAGCGACACGUGGGAGGCGCGACUUGCUGCGCCGCGCCGAAGACUUGCUGACUGAAAGUCGCGAGGCCAUGUUGCAGGUGGACGUUGAUGCUUACCAGCAGCUGCUUCGUAGCAGCACUCACCUGGGCGACGCGGAAUGUGCUGGUCGCCUCUGGGGCUACAUGAAACGCUUCGGUGUUGAUCCUGACACAUCUACCCUGCUGAAGGUGUUGGAGGUCUCCAGCAGCGCACCUUUCCUGGGUUUGGCACAGGAAAGCUAUGGGGCUUUGCCUGAGAAAAGCCAGACCGAAGAGACCCUGCUGCUGGCGUUGCGCCCGCUGGCAGAGCUUGGGGAUUGGCGUGGCCUGGAACGGAUGCUGCAGAGGCAUUUGCCAGAAGGCCAGAGUGCAGCAGUGGCGAUGCUGCAGCUUCAAGCACUCUCCGAAGCCAUGCCUAGGAAGCGCCAGCGCAGCAUGGAUGCAGCCGGCCGAUUGCUGCGCGCCGGCGGACGGCUGGUGCCGGCUGGUGAUGAAGAAUCCCUGGGCUCCGCGUUGCUCCGCAGAGCCUUGGGCCCUGGGCGCCGGGAGAUGGCGGCAAUGGCAUCGGUGCCGUUGCCACGACUGGCAGGACCCAUGCGACAGAGGCAAGCAGGGCUGCUGUGUGCAAGCCGCGCCAAAGUCGCCUUAGACUUGGGUGAUCCUCAGCGUGCAGAGGGCUGGAUUCACAGGUGGCUGCUUCUGCAAGAAGCUGGAUCGACUGUGGAGGCCUUAGAACCCACGCUGCCGCGGACCCUGUGCCGCCGCUUUCGCCCAACAAAAAGGCUCUGUGCUCUUGGACCUUAG